AUGGGAACAGAUCAAAACAAUGCUGUGAAUGAUGAAGUCGAGAAAAUGCUGGAAAAUGAUACCAUUGAGGAAGUACAAUACCCCACGUGGCUCGCCAACCUGGUAGUAGUGCUAAAAAAGAAUGGAAAAUGGAGAGUGUGCAUAGACUUUACCAACUUAAACAAAGCCUGCCCAAAGGACAAUUUCCCUCUACCGCAUAUUGAUAUGAUAAUCGACGCUACCGUUGGGCAUGAAUUGAUGAGUUUCAUGGAUGCCUUCUCUGGGGACAACCGAAUAAUGAUGCAUCCUCUCAAUAGGGAGAAGACAUAUUUCAUCACUGAGAGAGGAGCGUAUUGUUAUAAGGUAAUUCACUUUGGGCUCAAGAACUCCAGGGAAACUUAUCAGCGGAUGGUGAAUAAAAUGUUCUCUCAGCAAUUGGGUUUAACCAUGGAAGCUUAUAUCGACGACAUGCUGGGAAAGUCUAAAGACGGAUUAGAGCACGUUGAUCACCUCUGGGAAUGCUUCCAAAUCCUCCUUGUCCAUUCAAUGAGGCUUAACCCGGCCAAAUACGCUUUUCCUGUCAGCUCAGGAAAGUUCUUAGGCCACUUGAACCAGGGGAGACUCUUCUUCUCUACCUCUCCCUAUCCCGGCACGCGGCUAGCUCCGUAUUGGUCCAAGAGCAAGGAAAAGCACAGUUACCGAUAUACUACACCAGCAAGACCUUCUCAGGAGCAGAAGGCAGUAAUGACAUUGUUCCCAUUAAAAAAGGUACUUCAUAAACCAGAGAUAUCUGGGAGGUUGAUGAAAUGGGCAGUAGAACUAAGUGAAUUUGAUAUACAAUACCUCUCCCAAAUUACAAUUAAAGGACAGGCAUUGGAAGACUUCUUGGUCGAGAUAAUGCCAGAACAAAUUCCCUACGAAGGAGAUUUCGAUAAAAGUGAUUGGUUGUUGAAAGUAGAUGGGUCAUCAAACAUCAGGGGUAGCGGGCUAGGAAUAGUACUCUUAUCACCAGAAGGGGAAAUGCUGGAACAAUCGAUAAAGCUAGGAUUCUGGGCUACCGACAAUGACGCUGAAUAUGAGGCCUUUAUUCAUGGGAUAAAAUUAGUUAGAGAAAUGGGAGCCGGCAGAGUCAAGAAAUUGGCAUCAACCUUUGAAUAUUACCAGAUUAGUCAGAUGCCUCGAGAGGCAAACAUGCAUACUGACGCUUUGGCAAGUCUAGGAUCUUCCUCUCCUCUCCAAAUUACAAAAACAAUUUUGUUUGACUUUAUUACAAAACCUAGCAUCAUGUUGGAAGAGGAAGUUCAAUGUGUAGCAACACCGACGAAGCCAUUGAGGGACUUGAGGCAUCCGAUCUUGGAAUACUUAAGAGACGAUAAAUUACCACUAGACUUAAAAGAGGCUAGAAAAAUUGUGUUAAGGGCCUCAAGGUACACACUACUGCAAGACCAAUUGUACAGAAGAUCUUACCAUGGGCCUUACUUGAAAUGCGUAGGAAAUAUGGAGGGAGAACUAAUUCUAACGAAAGUACAUGAAGGUGAGUGCAGCAGUCAUUUUGGAGGACGAGUAACAGCGCAACGAAUCUAA